UUAGUAACGGGCCGUUUGGUCCCCUUGCACAGUCCAGGUACUUGCGCUUCCUCCGGGGACGCCCGGGCAUCGCCGCCAGCCCCCGAGAUCCCGUCGCCCUCGGCUCGUGUCUCUGCCGAGCUUAUCUGCCCCGCACGGGCCCGCGUGCCGCCCAUGGCGGGGGCCGCCACGACCACGGCCUUUGGGCAGGCGGUGAUCGGCCCGCCCGGCUCGGGGAAGACCACGUACUGCCUGGGCAUGAGUGAGUUCCUGCGCGCGCUGGGCCGGCGUGUGGCGGUGGUGAACCUGGACCCGGCCAACGAGGGGCUGCCGUACGAGUGCGCCGUGGACGUGGGAGAGCUGGUGGGGCUGGGCGACGUGAUGGACGCGCUGCGGCUGGGGCCUAACGGCGGCCUGCUCUACUGCAUGGAGUACCUGGAGGCCAACCUGGACUGGCUGCGGGCCAAGCUAGAGCCCCUCCGCGGCCACUACUUCCUCUUCGACUGCCCGGGCCAGGUGGAGCUCUGCACGCACCACGGCGCCCUGCGCAGCAUCUUCUCCCAGAUGGCGCAGUGGGACCUCAGGCUGACUGCUGUCCACCUGGUGGAUUCUCAUUACUGCACAGACCCGGCCAAGUUCAUUUCCGUACUGUGUACCUCUCUGGCCACCAUGCUGCAUGUGGAGCUGCCCCAUGUCAACCUCCUCUCCAAGAUGGACCUCAUUGAGCACUAUGGGAAGCUGGCUUUCAACCUGGACUACUACACAGAGGUCCUAGACCUCUCCUACCUGCUCGACCACCUGGCUUCUGACCCUUUCUUCCGCCACUACCGUCAGCUCAAUGAGAAACUGGUGCAGCUCAUUGAAGACUACAGUCUGGUCUCCUUCAUCCCUCUCAACAUUCAGGACAAGGAGAGUAUCCAGCGGGUCCUGCAGGCUGUGGAUAAAGCCAAUGGCUACUGCUUCGGGGUCCAAGAACAGCGAAGCCUGGAGGCCAUGAUGUCUGCUGCCAUGGGAGCCGACUUCCAUUUCUCCUCGACCCUGGGCAUCCAGGAGAAGUACCUGGAACCCUCAGACCAGUCAGUGGAGCAAGAAGCCAUGCAGCUGUAGCAGCAGGCUGGAGAACAAGAGGCAUAACCCAGCCCUGGAGAACGUGGCGGCUCCCAGUGACAGUGGACAGUGCAGUGGACUGCAGAUCCAAGAGCAGUCUUCCCAACCAGAGCAGAGCACCCUCCACCCCCUCUGUGGUCAUGAGCUCUUGGUGCGGUUGCCACAGAUUCGGGGCUGGCCCCACUUGGGCUAUGAUGGAAUAUGCUACAAAUACAAGAGUUUAUUUUCUACUUUUCGUGAUUUCUAAACUUUCUCCAACCAUCCAGGCCCAGAGAGUUGAGGCAGAACAAGGGAAUGUUGCCUUUCCUCAGAAGAGUCUGGUUUCUUUAUCUGGGGCAGUGUUUCCCCCAAAGCACAGGAUUGUGCUAGAGGACUGACACUCAGGCUCUGGUUGUGCGAUUUGGUUAAUUGUCAGUUUUAGCCGUGAGACUCAAGCUUGAGCUUUCACAGGCAACGCUUCCUAGCAGAUCUGAACGUUUUAUUUUCAUGGUAUUUAUUUUACAGUUGUAUUCCUU